AUUGUUUCACCAGGUCCGCCCACACACAGAAACACUCACUCAGUACAAACGACUUUUGUACACCCAUUUUACACACAUUAUAUUGUGCAAAAGAAAAAUCGGAAAAAAGUUUUAACCCAGCAAGAUGCAUUCGACCAAGAUUAAAGAGGGCGAUGACAGGGAGGACAUGGAGCUAAACCAAAUCUGGCGAGGAUGUCGUAAAAUUCAGGGAGCCAUUUUUCGUUAUAACUUUGACAUCUGUGCCGAGUUAAAGCAGCACGAUCCUUGCUGCAGCGGCUUUGUGUCCGAACCCAUUUUCACGGCCGUAUUGGGCAAAUAUCGCAAGGUGGCCGGAAUGUCCGAGUCCGAACUCCGGGAUGUCACCGACUAUUUCCAAAUUCGAGAUGGACGAGUAGCAUAUCGUCAGUUCUGCAAGGUCGUCUGCAGUGAAACCCUCCAUAAGACUGCCAAAACGGAUUUGGCAACAGGUCUGGAAUGGAAUGAUCCCUGGCAUGUGAAUGUUAUCCCCCAGCCGGAGGAUCGCAGACGGCUCUGCUUGAUCCUGGUCAAGAUUGCCCAGCUGUCCCACAUUCCUCUCAUGCCAUACUUUCAGGACUAUGAACUGAUUGCCCAAAAUGUAGGAGUCGUGACCGUUGCGCACUUUUCGCGAGUGCUGCACUUUAUGAAGAUCCCCCUUUCCGAAUCGGACUUCCUACUCCUACUAAGGCGCUAUAUGAAGGAUGGAUACCUGGUCAACUACGUGGCUUUUCUUAAGCACAUUGAUAAUAUUAUAGCAUACCUGGGCGAGCAUCAUCUGCUAGAUAACUCCCAUGACAUAAUCAAAGACUUUCCGGGACGCCUAGUAGACCUAGAGCUAUCACAACUGCCGGCAAUUGAUGGCUGCAAGGCAGUACACCCGAUUUUCCCAGAUGCCUGUCAUACGCCCAAAAAGAACCGAAACCAGUGCGACAUUCUCUUCUGCAUCCAGAACUACAUCUACAAGAACCAAGUGCGCACCUCCGAGUUCCUCGAGAGCUAUGACUCUCUGAACGUGGGCAGCAUCACCAAGAAUCAGUUCGAGCGGGGCCUGUCCAAUAUGGGAGUGGGCAAGUAUCUGACCCAGAGGGAGAUGUCCAUCCUGUUGGAACGCUACACAGACCCUGUGGACACUAAUCGGGUGCGCUGGCGAAAUUUCGCCGACGAGAUUGAUACAGUUUUUACCAUCAAGAACCUGGAGAAGAUGCCACAGUGUGUCGUGGAAUCGCCACUUCGUCAUAUACAAGAGCUGCCCAGACCAGGAGCCGUGCCCUGGGAGACGGUGCCGGCGAAUAUCCGGGAUCUGUGCGAGGAUGCCAUGGCCAAGAUACGUAUACGCAUCCGCAAUCGUCGCCUCUAUCUACAUCCUUUCUUCCGGAGUUACGACAAACUCAACAGUGGCCAUGUGCGCUGCAACAUAGCCAAGCAGAUCUUCCGCACCAACGGCAUCCUUUUAUCCGAUCCGGAACAGGACUCUGUGCUGAGUCGCUAUGGCAACGAGCUGGGCUUCUGCUAUACCAAGUUUUUGGACGACGUCGAUCCCGCAGAGUACGCCAUGCCGGCGAUGGUCACCAAGCAGCAACUGGUGGAGUGCCCGCCGUUCGCGAGGGACAAUCUGGAGCCGGAGGACGUCAGCGAGGAGGUCAUUGUGCGCAUCCUGACUAACUGCAAGCGACAGGCUGUUAUCAAGAGCGUAGCCGUCAUAGAGUUCAUGAAGGACUACGACCGCCACCGCGAGGGCGAGAUCCUCGAAUCGGACUUUAAGCGCGCCCUGGACAAUUCGAGUGUAAUUAUCAAGGAAGAAGAGGCCACCAUCUUGUGCAACAUCUUCCGUUCACCCCAACGCGUAUCCUGCGUCCGCUACCGCGACUUCUGCAAGGCCCUCGACGAGAUCUUCAUCCAACUGGACACGAGCAUGGGUGACCAGGUGGUGACCGCAGUGCCGCUGCUCCACCUGCCCAACCUGGACUGCGUCGACUGCUUCCUGAGCUUCGACGAGCGAACCAUCUGCUCGCAGGCCCUGAUGAAUCUGGCCCGCAAACCGGACGAGAUCUCCAACCUGAGCCAGGUGUUCAAGGACUUUGAUCGCGAACAGUGCGGCUCCAUCACGCAGAACCAGUUCCUGCGUGGCAUCACAGUGCGCGACAUGCACGUAAUGCUGAGCAGCCGCGAGUUCCAGGCCAUCUGCAAGUGCUUCGGCGUCAAGAAGGGCAUGUGCAUGGAGUUCAACUACCGCGAGUUCCUCAAAAUCCUCGACGUGCUCUUCUCCACCGGCCAGAUGAAGCGCAACUAUUAAGCAUGUGAUAAGUAACCCCCUCUCAAAAUUCUAAGUGUUCCCCGUCAGUUCGGUCCCCCAAAAUUGUUUGUGAUAUUUGGCAAUAAACAACAACUUGUGGACUUUUA